AUGCUGUGCAGUAUCAUAGCAACAGAGGACGUAAAACACGCGGACAUACAGCCCGUCUACGUGGUGGAGAUGCUGAGGUAUAUGGACCCGGGGGUACAGGAGCCACCCCUCGAUCACCUGUUCAUAGCCGGUAUGCCAGUGACUAGGGCAAUGUUGAACUCUGUCAGGAAAUUCGCCAGGUCCUUCAGUGUCGGCUACGGGAGUCACGAGACCGGCAUGAUCAGUGCCUUGAACUUAUCGGCUGAUCAGAUCGAUCAGUACCAGGACUUCGAUAAUGGCUUGGUUCUACCAGGUGUGCAGAUGAGACUUGUGGACGAGAACUGGCGAGACGUCAAGAUGGGGGAGAAGGGGAGAGUACUGGUGAAAAGCCGCGGUAUGUUCCGGGGUUAUCCUUGUGAUCCGGAAAGGACGGCGGAAAAAUUUGAUAAAGAUUUGUGGUAUAUGACGAAUGAUGUUGGUUAUGUUGAUAAAAGCACUGGUCACCUGUUUGUUGGAGGUAGAAUCGAUUCCAUCAUCCUACACGGCGAGUACAUGCUGUAUCCGGCAUGGCUGGAAGAGAUGAUCGCAGCCCAUCCGGCAGUCCAGCAAGUCGUGGUGGUGCCCGUGUUGGAUGACGUCUUGUUUCAUGCUGUGGGGGCGUGUGUCGUACGGAAAGACAACUCCCACGUCACUAAAGACCAGAUCAACCAAACGAUCGCACAGUUUGUUUUUGCUGACCGUGAGUCGGUGUUCCACGUCACGCACGUGUGGUUCGCAGACGACAUCCCCAGACUAGCAGACGGCACAGUGGACAGGAUGCGUGUGGCUGAUUUACUGCAGGAUAUCGCGAACCGCGAAAUGUGCUAA